AAGGAUAGGGAUUGAUGAUUAAAACACUUUUGUUCUCGUUCGAAUAGAACAUGGCGGUGCUAAGCAGGACGUGCUGAAGCUUAAAAUUUUUGCAGUAACGAAUUGCAAUAUUUAAUAGCAAUAUUUACAGGAUCAAAUAGUCGCAGUGUGAGAUAUCACAAAGAAAUAUAAGUGUUUUGUUGAAUCCUAGGUAUUAAGAACUUUUUAACGAAAUUGCAAUGAAAAUUAUUACUUCACUGGUGGUGUAAAAAUAAUUGUGACAAAUAUAGCACAUUAUUUCAGAAAGCCGUGGCGGCGAUGGCUACACUCAUCCAAGAGAAUGGUAUUAAAGAGUUGAGACAAGCUACCCAUGGUGUAGUAACAAGUCAUGGCAUGUCCACCCACACACACACUGUACCUAGUCACAUGGUGCCCGACCAUGAAUACUGUGAAGCGGGCAAGCCAGAGCAGGUCCCCCAGCAGUGCCUUGAGGCCGGGGACGCGAGCGCACAGCAACCUGCCCCACAAGAGGAAGAAGAAGAGACCCCCGAAAUAGACAUAAUGAUAAACAAUGUUGUGUGUAGUUUUAGUGUUAAGUGCCACCUGAACUUGAGACAGAUCGCUUUGAACGGUGUGAAUGUGGAAUUCCGACGCGAGAACGGUAUGGUAACGAUGAAAUUGCGUCGUCCUUACACGACCGCCUCGAUCUGGUCGUCGGGUCGCGUGACCUGCACAGGCGCCACGAGCGAGGACCAGGCCAAGAUUGCAGCGAGACGAUACGCGCGUGCGUUGCAAAAGCUUGGCUUUCAAGUGCGCUUUAGGAACUUCCGUGUAGUCAAUGUAUUGGGCACGUGUAGGAUGCCCUUCGGAAUAAGGAUUAUAUCAUUUUCCAAGAAAUAUAAAGAGGCAGACUACGAACCAGAGCUUCACCCCGGCGUUACGUAUAAGCUGUAUAAUCCUAAGGCCACACUCAAGAUAUUUUCUACGGGUGGUGUCACAAUUACAGCCCGGAGCGUGAGCGACGUGCAGUCGGCGGUGGAGCGCAUCUUCCCGCUGGUGUACGAGUUCCGCAAGCCGCGCACGGCGGCGGACGAGGAGCUGCUGCGGCAGAAGCGCGCGGCGCGCAACCGGCCCGCGCUGGCCGCGCUCGCGCCGCCCGCCGUGCAGCCGCAGCGCCAGAAGGCCAAGGACGAGUUCCUGCUCGUCACGCUGUCGGACGACGAGGACAACGACGCCUGGCAGUGACGCGCCCCCCCACCCCCACCCCCGCCCCUCGCGCCGACCCUCCCCCCGGACACUAGUUUGGCAUCGAGCGAUACCUGUCGGUUGUCAGUGCGAUCGCGUGUGAAUUGUCGGCGAGCUCCUAUCGGUUCAUGCCAAAGAUAUUUAUUAGAGGAGGUGCUUGCGCUUGUCGAUUGAGCGCCUCGCGGCGACUCGCGCUUCUCUUCGGUUCCCCGCGAUGACCGUCGCGUUCUCCUAUCGCGUGAUCCGUUUGCGAAACCAAAUUAUCGUUAAUAAUAAGCGUUGAGAAUAAAUCUCGAUAUCGAUACUCAGUCUUGUUUUCAUUUGCAGUUAUGAUUGAUGAUUUGUAGUGAUAAUAGUGUUCACAAUAAUUGUUCUUAAGAAAGUGAUGACUGAAUGAUUACUUAGAUAUUAGUGAUUGUAAAUACGAAGCUUAGACAUUAUACGUUUCAAUAAAA